CUGGUACCUUACAUCUAAAAUAACAAUAAUGAGAUCUGCAGCAGCAACAAGGAGAAGCACCAGUGGAUGAUCAUGGAUUUAAUCUUACACACACUUUAUUUGUUUCUGUGUUCAGGAGUUCUGUGUGCGCAACAGAUGACGUGGCUGCCCUGUCAGUUCACUGAUGAGAACGUGUUUUUGAAUAAAGAUGGUCACCCUGAGACUCAGCUCAUACACAGACAGGCCAUGCUGCAGUUUGGUCAAACAGGAGAUGAUCCAGUCAACCCCAAUGCCGUCACUUUCCUGGUCACAGGAUUGAAUUUGGACCUGCGGCGUUAUGUGGAGGGGGUGGAGGCACAGGAUCUGGAGUGUGAGCUGCGUAGGUACAGUACAGAGGGCAUCCAGGUCCACUGGCCUAGCCAGGAAACCCAGGAGUACAACCGCUGGUUCAGCUGCACCCUCAAACACAGCAAGGGCCUGUUGACCGUCACUAGCUUCCUCAGGCACCCAUCUGACCAACCUCCCCCUGGAAUGCAGGACUACCGCCACUGGCCUGUCAUUGAGGACAGGGAGAUACUCACAACAACAGUUGCCCUGGUCAUGAAAACACAGACGCCAUCAGUCAAAGCUGCACUGAGCUCCCAACAAAAGCUUCACUGCCAGUUUGCUCUGGACCACAGGGGGUCGAACGUCACUGUGCAGUGGCACAGGCAACAUCGCGGAGAAAGAAACCUACUCUUCAGCCAUUCCAGCCACUCGGCGCGUAACCAGGGGACUGGGGUUGAGUUGAAGAACCUCGCUAGGGGGGAUGCUUCCUAUAACCUCCCCUUCACCAAGAUGAGCAGUGAAGGGAGGUACAUUUGUUCAGUGUCAGUGAAUCCACUGUUCACCAGUCUGGAUGUGAAUCUGAAUGUCGAAGAGCCGCCCCGUGUCGCUAUCAGUGCCGGACCCAUCCUCCACCUGCAGGAGGGCGAGGAGCGGAGGGUUUUCUGUGAUGCAGAUAAUUACUACCCCCUGGAUGUGGAGAUAGUUUGGUACGUGCAGGACCCGGGAGCGUCAGGCCAGAGGGUUGGCGCUCCUCUGCCCAGGGUGCUCGAGAACGUUUUGCUGUCAAGCCACAAAAACAACAAAGACAAGACCUUCUCCGUGUCGGCGUUCUUCUACCUCCAGGGUUCACAGAGGAACUCUGGGAAACAGUUUACAUGCAGCGUCUCCCACCAGUCCUUGCGGAUGCCCAUAAAAAAGCACUUCAUCGUGUCUGUUGAAGAGCCAAGCAGCCAGUGGUUUUAUCUCACUGUCGGUGUCACUGUGGUCGUACUGCUCAUCAUCCUGCAAAAGAGUCUGCGUUACCUGCACUCAGCAUCAAGAAAAUCAGUACAGAAAAAACCAUACUGAGAACCUCAGUGGCCUGAACACGCAUCACAAGCAGAACCAGUGAAGAUGAAGUAACUGGCUCUCACAUGUCAACUGUACUUAUGGAACAUUUUGAAGCAUGGCCCCUACAGAGUGAGGACAUUUUGUCCGGUGGUCUCUUCUUCUUUAAAGGCUUGUGUGAGGUUUUAAGACUUGGUCUUAGGGUGAGAAUUGGGUUUCGGGUUCGGGACUAGGGGCUAAACUCAAAGUUGCUCUGAUUUUCAUGCUAAAAACACGAUGUAGAGUUGAAUCCUCGGGAGCUGGCGGAGCCUCAAAUAUUUUUAAAACUGUAUUUGUAAAUUUUUUCUAAGGACGUCAAUACUCUCAACAGGUUGGUUUUCAUCUCAGGGAAACUCACAGUGUGAAAUAAUGAAUGAAACUACAACAUUACUACACAGAUUCAAUUAAAUGAUAUAAUUCGCGUGGAGUGAAUCUCAACUUGCUAAUUUAUUGUUGAAUAUUGAACAUUGACAUCAUUGUCACGGCAGUGAUGGUACAUUUAUAUUGAACUUGUACAAAUUGCUAAUGAAUUGAAAAACUUGUGUUAUCCUGUGGCUUGUUAGAAUAAAGUGUUCUUGGAGCGA